UACAGCCAGUCGAACACUGACCUGUCUGUGGUUUUUCUCAUUGAGUUCUGAUGUAUUUUUUUAGACCUGCUACAGGACGAUCGUUGUUUCAUGAUGCAGGGAGUCGCUCUGAUCUUUUUCUGGUCGCUCCUUUCUCAAGUGGCAUCACAGGAAAUUAAAGUGGAAUGCUAUGAAUCUGAUGAUCUUCCGCCUUUGAGCAGUCGAGCGCCGUCUCAGCUGGCAGACUUGAAGGUGACAGUGGGAGGAGACGACAUGCUGAACAUCACCUGGGCCAUCAAUAUUGAUGGCAGUAUUGCAUCUCUGGAAGGAACUCACAUACAAAUCAACGGAGAACCAUAUUACUGUGAAUACCAACCACAUCUGAGCAAAGCAAAGCUGACUGGAUCAGAUCAAAAAUGGUUUCAUUUCCUGGUGGAGGCGUCUUACGGCUACAAUGUCAUCCUGGCUUCCAAUAUCCCGCUGCCUCUGCUGGGCAGUGGCCAAUCUUACAUAGACACUGCCAUUGUCAUCCUGAAAUCAAAAUCAUCAACAGAAGCUCCUCCCACGACUACAGCGGCGCUCAUUGCUGAACCCACUGCUUCAGCCCUGACAGUUCAAGACGUCACUCUCAUCAUUUUUGGAGGACUGGCCGGUUUGAUGUUGCUGAGUUCCUGCUACGUGCUGUUCUUCAGGUGCAGCACCGGUGCGCCUCUGGGUUUCCACCACGUGGAGUCGGCCUCCACAGUCCCUGUUCUUGUGGUGUACCCGGCCGAAGACUCCGCCUUCCAGCAGGCCGUGCUGGCGCUGGCGGAGUUCCUGCAGUGGCGCAGCGGCUGCAGCGUGGCCCUGGACAUGUGGCAGCAGGGAAAGAUUGCAGAGCUGGGACCGAUGCGAUGGCUGGCGGAGCAGGUCAAGUCUGCAGAACGGGUGAUCGUCGUGUCCCCGCAGCCCGGCCCUGCUCCCCCUCACCGCGGCCUCCCUGCACCUUCAGUCCCAGCUGCGGCGUAUGACCUUUACCCUCUGAUUCUCAACAUGGUGGGAAGCCAUGCGAAGAGCGCCAGUCAGCUGUCGAAGUUCUACGUGGUGCAGCUGGCUGCCCGGGCCAAGAAGAGCACGUUUAUGCUGCCGUCGGAGCUGAGGGCCUGCAAGACAUUUUGCCUGAUGGAGGACUUGAACAAACUGAGUAACAGUCUUCAUGCCAGGAAGGAGAAAAGCAAAAGCAGAGUUAGCCUGAUAUUCAAACCAAGAGUUUCCUAUAAUGAAAAGAGUACAGAGAAGCUAAGAGAGGCUGUAGAAAAGCUUGGUCAGCAUCAAACACUGAAAUCUGGGGUUCACAAUGUUUGAAGUGGCCAGCGUUACAGUUGUUUAAAGGGCAUUUUAAAAAGCUAUACAUUUAAUAUGGCUCACCCAGUGACUGAGAAAACAUGUUGUGAAGUUGUGUCCAUCACGUUGUCUUUCACACUGUAUUUCCUGAAGCGCUCUAAACUGAGAUCCAGAUCAGUUGUCAGGGCCAAAAUAGGUCAGAUUAACAAACUAAAUCUAAUGUAAAAACCUUGAUAAAGCUGAGAAGGAACAUGUGUUGGAUAGUAGAAGAAGAGAGGACAGAACAAAAACAGACGGCAGUCAAAAACACUGUCAUCAGACCACAGGCGAAUCCAGCCACGCCAGGUCUGACGACGCAGACGACAGACUUCCGUUACACACAGCAAACGUUCCAGUGUUGAAUUAACUCUGAAAGUGUUAAAGAGUGGUCUCAUAUAUACACUGUUGUAGUGUUAAAUGUAAGUGUUAAAAUAUACACUUUAAAGUGUUCAUUCUAAGAAUUAACACUGGUCAAUGUUGAGAUUUUAACACUACAAAAGUGUUUAUAUGAGACCGCUCUUUAACACUUUCAGAGUUAAUUCAACACUGGAAAAUUUGCUGUGCAGGAUCAGAGCUCCUGCUGGAAGGUCUGGAGAGGCUGGACCGGGAAGCGAGAGCUCAGACUACAGGGGGGAGACUCAACAAGUCAGCGACUUUCAGUGGGUGCCAGAAUGGAAAGUGAGACAAAGAUAGAAGCUCGAUGCACUGAACAAAGUCUCCUGGCAUUCUAGACCGAGAACAGCCUCACUAGAAAAUGUUUUAUCAGAUUGGAAAGUUUUAAGCCUUAUCUCCAAGUACAAGCUGUUUUGGUAACAUAACUGAAGCUGGGAGCUGCUUUCACUGAGUGGAGCCUGAGAGAUAAAAACUCUGCUUCCCAGUUUGCUUUUUUAACCCUGAGAGUCCAGUGGACGUUUGAGACAAGCAGCUUCAUACAGAUAUUGUAGAGCCUGGUUGUAAAGACCUAUCUAUGCUAAAAGAAAAAUUUUGAUUUCUGUUUAUGCAUAUCCCAUGUUAGUGUAAAAAGACACCUUCACCUGUAACGUGUUCUUCCUGAAUGUAAAAUAUGGCUUAUCAGUAUUUAUCCUUGUUUUAUUGUUCAAAUGAAAUGUUCUGAAGUGCUUCACCACAGCAGCACAACAAAACACACAGGUGGUGUGAACACUCCCACACUGCUCUUUUAUAGCUGUAAAAUAUUCAGUCGAGUUUAUGGUGCCUGAAAUUAUUAAAUGUGAACUUAUUUGCGACUCAGCAUCUAACAACAAAUGUAAGUUACUCUGUGAGAAUCUGUGACCUUUAAUAGAGUGCAAAAGCUAAUGGGGGGGAUUCUGCUCAGCAAAUCUGACAUAAAGUGUUUUCUGUUAUCUAAACUUUGUUCUUUUUGAGUUUGUAUGUUGUCCCCGUGUGUGGGUGGGUUCCCUCUGGGUACUCUGCUUCCUCCCACUAUCCAAAAACAUGUACAUCAGGUUAAUUGAUGACUCUAAGUUGCCCCGAGGUGAGAAUGUGAGAGUGCAUGGUUGUCCGUCUCAACGUGUUGGCCCUGCAACAGACUGGCGAACUGUCCAUGGUGUAGCCUAUCCCGCCCUCACCCAUAUGAAGCUGGGAUUGGCUCCAGCCCCCGUCUAAAAAAAUGAAUACAUGAAUGAAUUUUGUUUUAAUUAUUACAUUAUACUUCUGUUAUGUCACAUUGUGACAGUCAUCAGUACACUGUGCAGCUCAUAAAGUCAUUGUAACAUGUAUUAGUGUGUGAUC